AUUCUUUACUACUGCUACUAAUGUAGCAGUUAUUUUUGCUAGUAGCGUAUUAGUAGUAUAGUGAAGUUGUACUGGCGGCAGUUGAGUGAGUGAGUGAGAGAGAGAGUGAGAAAGAGCGAGCACUUGCUGCACACCAGCAAUUCAACUGCCACAGUCCAAUUGCUGUUAACCAAGAUGGCGCUGACGGCGUUAUGACGUCACAGUGUCUGAGCCCGACGGGCGGAGCUGGCUGCCCCCCUUAAGGAUAUCUGCACCACGGAUUCAGGUUCUCACCAAUGCUUUAUUACACGGCAACAUCGACUGGGAUUAUCGUUGGAACUUCUGUUAGGAAUUCUCUCUCACACUCACACGCUGUGUUUUCUUUAUCUCAUUUCUUUCAGUGUCUACUAUACACACUCUCACACACACAUAUAUGCAUACGAACACACACACACACACACGCAACUGACUGACCUUGUUUUUUUUUUUAAUCGAUACGAGGGGUUCUCCUUUGGGGUCUCCCGCUUAUUCAGACGUACGAGCAGAUGUACACAAACCCACAUGUUGAUGUCGAGCAAAUCUAAAAAUGCUUUAGUUACAUACACAUUUACUCUGUCCUUCUAAAAUGGCUCGGGUCGUUUUUAGUCUUAUUAACUAUUUCCACCCUGGUCGGUCGACGUGCUAGAAAUAGCACCCAAAUUCCCCUCUAAGCAUACCCUACCGUAUUAAACAAAGAAGAACACAUUGGACAACGCAGUCCUAGAUAUACAAUGUCUGAAAAUAAUACGGGGUGGUCAUGGUCAGAACGCCGUUGAUCAUAGGUCAACUCAUUCACGGCUGACUGGGCUAAACAACAAAUCUACUCCAAUUUCAAAGCGGUUUCCCCUUUCACGUCUACCGUCUGUAACUCCACCACCCCUCUGUCUGGAACACUGUUUGUUUACAAAUCUUUCAGAACACGCACGCAUUUUUUCGGAUACAGGUAUUUAUUUUCUAGCAAUGAAUAAGAACUGAUUGCUAGCUCUUGAAAUAACCUGUUCGAUUAAGAAUACCCUUAUAUAUAUAUUUUUGAAAAAGAUAUUCAGCCUUAUUUUGCCUUAAGAAAAGUAUAUCACGAUGAUUUCUAGGAUCUCCUAUUAUCCGACUAAAAUUUUAUUUUGUAUAUUCAACAGAAACAUCUCUCGUUCAACAACCUUCUUGUAAAUUGAUCUUUGAAGAAAGACAAAAGAAUCGACCAAACCUGCCAAGAAUAUAUAUAUAUAUGUAUAUAUAUGCUCGUUAUUCUUAAGAUAACUAAAACAUUUCAACUGGAUUAAAGAAAAUUACAAAUGAAUCAACGCAAUGUUUUCAAUUCGAAAUUUGGCUGAAUUUUGCCAUUCACGUCUGCCUUUCAAAUUUUGAUGUCUCCGAAUUCUUAAAAAUCCAUAAAUUAUUUAAAUGCUCGGUGAUCUGCUCUGUAGUAUACGUCUGGAUAAUUAUUGGUUUUUCAGUGUGUGAUGGUACUGUAAAUAGUGUCUCCGCCCCCUGUGACUGCCAUUACGGACCUUAAGGCCCCCUCCUUUGGUGUGCUCCACCCACCCGGAGUUGUGUUCAACCCUACCUGUUGGAAUGAUUCCUAAUGUGAACCUUACAAAUCGUCGCCUCUCGUCAGUUUAGCCCUAAACAAGGGGUGAAAAUGAGCCUUUACCGCUUCAGCAGAAUGGAACUGGGGGAAACGUCUGCCAUCUCUGAAGACAAGAAAUAUACAGUGCAGCUGGUGACCAAGUUCACAUGUAAAUAUUGUGCCAUGCAAUUUGCUUCGUUGCGGGAUAUGCAACUGCAUGUACUGUCACAUACUCACGGCAAAACACUGCAUAGUUGCACUGUGUGUGGAAGGUCUUACACAACUCCUUCGAAACUUCAACGUCACGUUCGUGUACACAGUGGUGAGAGACCCUACAUGUGCAAUUUGUGUGGGCGGCGUUUCACACGUUCUGACCAUGUCAAACAGCACAUGAAGGUACACCAGCCACACAGACAGAAGAAUAUGUGCCGUAUCUGUGGAGUGCGCUUUGCCCGUUCUUCUCUUCUUGGUAGUCACCUUCGUCGACACAGCAUUCUUCUAAUUCAUGUUUGUCGACGUUGUGGUGAGGGUUUCCAGGAAGCUGAAGAGCUGGAUCUUCAUAGAAAACUGCAUAAAAUAAAAAGUAACUUACGGCCGAAUGGACGACGACGUAGCCGUGGAGCUCCUGUAGAUAUGUCUGCAUUAACGAGCGGACCACCUGAUGAUAUCAACCCGAAAAUACCAUCUGAAGGGAAAUGGGUAGGCUGUGCUAGAUUCUGUGUAGCUCAGGUAUCUACCAGCAAUAGUAAGAUUAUCCGAAUGUCAGCAUCAGAAAACGAAGAUCACGAUGGCGAUGAGGCUUCAAACAAAAACGAGAUAGAGUUCAUUAAGCAGGAAGUACAGUAUCCUAGUAUGGAAUCUGAAGAACAACAGUUUUUAUCAUCUGAAAGAAGUAACUAUCAGAUGUCUAUUUCUACCAGCUACACCUUGGCCAAAUCUUUAGUAGACAAUCAAUUUAGAAGGUUUUCUGCUGAGUCAGAGAAAAUGGUUAUUCUUCCAAGUAGUACAGAGGCAAAUCAGGGAAUAUCGUUACGAAAGUCUGAAUCUGUAAACAACCAGUUUGGUGGUGCUGUCGUACCAACAGAGCCGUCAUCUUGUCCAGAAAUGUUGCGAAAUUCUCUGUCUUCACCUGAAAUUUCUCGACAAACACUGUCAUCGCCAGAAAUUUCUCAACAAAGAUUACCAUCACCAGAGGUUUCUCAUGAAACAUUGAGUGCACUUAGGGCUGUGAUUAAACGAGAACCUGGCUGUGCAAAAGAACAAGAUUCUCAAUAUCCAGUGAGUUUACUUGCAAGAAACUCUGUAGCUAUGUCCCAAUGUCCACCAUUCAUGAAAUAUCCAGAAGAUCUUUCCCAACAAACACAAAUUCGACAGAGAAAUAUUUCUAGCCCAGCAUCUGUAAAUGGUAAAAGGCUCAGUAAAUGUGACCAUUGUGGAAUGUGGUUUGAGGAUUUUGGAAUAUACAUGCUCCAUAGUAGCUUACACUCAGCUGAUGAAACAGAUCCUUUCACUUGCAGAAAAUGUCUAAAAAAGCUUGGAAACCGAUUAGAAUUCAUGGCUCACCUUGUUUGGCACUUGGAUCCAGAGCUCCAUAUUUAAUUUAAGAGGAUUUCUUCGAAUAAAAAGAAGAUACAGCUGAUACAACAGUUGUUUCCAAGCUGUUUUAAAGGCAAGUCCAGACUGUUAGCUAAUUCUAGCUACACUACAGAGAGAAAAGAAAAACCAUCUGAAAGCAUACACACAAUAGUUUCUAUAUAUUUUUUCUUUACAUUUUUUUCUUUUUGUUUAAAUAUUCUUUAGAAAUUCUAGAAAUGUUUCACAGAAUUUCGUACCUAUAAUCUUACUUUGUUAACUGGUUCCAAUCCCUUAUUAUAUUGUACACUUAAUUUCUGAUUAUCUCUUCCAAAGAAAAAACAAAAAGCAGAAAACUGAAAUGAGAAGAAAAAAAGGCAUUACAUUUUGUUGUUUCUUUUUCUUUCUUUUUUUUUUGUUAAAAUCAGUUGUUAUCGAUAUGAUUAUAUGAGAUUUUUUAUUAUUUGGGCAUUGAAAAUAAUAUAUAUAUAUAUAUAUAUAUAAAAAAAAAACUCAAUCAAAAUGAAUUUAUUAAUACCAAAAUUAUGUUACAACAAGUCUUUCAGGACUAAAACAUCUAGAAGAAAAAGGAAAAAGAAAAGGAUUAAAUGAAUAAAAAAAAACAAACAAACAAAACCAGCUUAAGACUGUCUUCUCUAUAUCCUGAAGUUCAGAUGAACUAAAACAAACAGACAUUUUUCUAUCAUGUUUGGUUCAUAAGUGUGUAAUGAGUGGUAGUCUUUUUUUUUUUUCCUUUUUACUUUCUACAGCACUCCCUGAUAUAUAAUCCCCCUCCCCCUCCCUUCCUGCCGCAAA